GAAAGGCUGUUUAAAAGUUCAUCAAUUUUAAAUAGAAAAAAAGAUCGUAACAGAAUGAAGAACUUACGUGAAAAACAUUUUAUUUUCAUUGAUUACGUAUCGUAAUUUUGUCAAGUCAUGCGCAGUCUUGAAUUAAAAGAAAAAUGGCUACCGUUUGUGAGACAUAAAAAAAUCGUUAGCUUCGUCUUUAAACUUUUUUACUGAUUAAAAAAAGAAGUUUUUUAGACAAGAUGUUAAGUCAAAAAAGAUCUUUGAAGAUUUUAGAUCGUUUUUAGUCUGGUGGAAUUUUGAAUAAGCUGGGCGUCUUGUCGGCUACUCAAAUCAUAAGUAAAAGAAAGUUAAGGAAGAAUGACGGUAUAUUUAACAAAACAUUACAAUAAUAUAUUGUCACCAGUAAAUUUACCAAAAAAUUUACUAACGCUUAAAGAAGAAGAACAAAACGAAGUUUAUCUAAACGAUGACGACUCCCCAAGAGAUAAAUCUUUUUUUGACAUUUCGAAUGUAGCCACAGAAGGAAUUUACAACGACUCUCAAUCAGGGACUAAUAACUUCGGAGAAUUUCAAAAUGAUGGUGGUAAUUGGAAUGGACUUAUAAGUAACUACCCUGACGAAGAAAGUAUUCAUAUAUCAACUACAGUAAAUAGCAUUAAUCCGUGCGUUAAUAAUAUGAGUUCUGGUCAUUACUCAUUCUCUUCAUUUAACGAUCCCGUUUUCAAUUUUAAAGAAAAUCACUCGCCUAUGCAAUCACCAACAGGUAGUUUAGCAUUAUCUAAAAGUCAUCUGCCUGCUUUAAUUUUGUCCAGCAAAUCACCUUCUCGCUACAGCGAUAAAGCAUCUCCAGUACUUUCACCGCUGACACCUUUGGGUGUAGUUCAUGGAUUAGGAAAUUCGUUUAGUCCAGCUCACUCAAGUGCAUUUACACACAUAACCUCAAGAGAAUACAGUGGGUAUAAAGACACAACCUAUAAUACAUAUAAUAAUAAAGUCAGUUACGUAGCAUCUCCAAAUAAUGAGCUAUCCCAUAUGCCUAGUAUUUUGCAUCGGUCAUCAAGCUUUAGGGAUAUCGGAUAUUCAACUCAGCAACACGAUAUACUUCCUAGCACAAUGUUUAUUCAACAGCCUCGCAUGUGCAGUCCUCCUCUCGCAAACAUAAACGCUUUUGUAGAAAAAUAUAACUACUCUCAAUGUUCUAAUCCAAACGUCUUUAACAAUUUAUAUCAGCAUGCAAAUUUAAAUAUGCAGUAUGGCAAUGACAUAAAUUUUUCCACUAGUGGUAACGAUACUGACGGACAUAUAAAUCUAAACGAAAUUAUCGAUUCGCACGGUGUUAUCGAUAAAAUGAAACUUUCGUGUAAUGAAGAUGUAGUAAGUGACAUGCAUUCAAAAAAAGUGGGGAACAAAGGUUAUUUAUGCGAACUUUGUGGAAAACUUUAUACUAGAAAAUAUGGAUUAAAAAUACAUAUGCGAAUUCAUACAGGUUUUAAACCACUGAGAUGCAAGUUUUGCCAAAAACGUUUUGGUGAUCCUUCUAACAUGGCAAAGCAUAUUCGUCUUCACGCAGUCGGUGACACGCCAUAUAAAUGUCAAUUUUGCACAAAAGUUCUUGUAAGGCGUCGUGAUUUAGACAGACAUAUCAAAUCAAGGCACCCUAACGGUCUUUAAAGUUUUUAUUUUGUAAAAUUUAUGUUGUAAAUAGUAAAUUAAAAAAAGAUAACACCUAAAUAAAAA